AUGAUAGCAAGACUGUUUUCCAUUUUUGAACCAUCCUCAUGUAUCCUUUCACUUAAUCUAAACUGAGUCUCAACAUUCUUAGGGUUCCUAUUCGUUCCGAUUCUCUUCUGAACCUCCCCAUCCCGGUGACUUUAUCUGUGAUUUAAAAUUGUAUCAACCCUUCACAAUGAAUUUAAGACAAUCUUAGGACCUUCUAACCCAGGCCUAUCAUUUUUAUUUGUUUCAUUAUUUAGCUUCAUUCUUUUUAAUAACUCUUUAGGCCUCCUUCCUUAUAUCUUUACCAGAUCCAGACAUCUGGCAAUAACUCUAACCUUAGCUCUACCUUUAUGGCUAACCUUUAUUUUGUUUGGAUGGUUAAACCACACCCAGCACAUGUUUGCCCACUUAGUGCCUCAAGGGACCCCAAAUACGCUUAUACCUUUUAUAGUCCUCAUCGAAACUAUUAGGAAUAUUAUUCGACCAGGCACAUUGGCCAUCCGACUUGCAGCAAACAUAAUUGCAGGCCACCUCCUCCUUACUUUACUUGGAAGGAUAGGGUCCUCUUUAUCCCCUAAACUAUUAAUUUUUCUCAUUCUGGCCCAAAUUCUUCUCCUUAUAUUAGAAUCUGCUGUUGCAAUCAUCCAAUCCUAUGUAUUUGCAGUUCUCAGAACUCUUUAUGCCAGUGAAGUAAAUUAA